CAGUCCCAAAUUUCACACCCGCAAGGCCAUGUCCAUUUUUUGCGAUGCACAAUCGUGAUUCUUUCUCUCCUUGAGCGACACCUGACGGAAGACUCACUUCAACCUCGCGCCUCACCCUGAGCCUCGUCCAGCGUCGGCCGAGCCGUUGAGUAAUGGCCGACUCGGAGAGCCAUUACGCCUUCGACGAUGGCCCCGAUGACGAGCAGUCCAUCAUCUCGACUCGAGGGCUUGAGGCAUUCAGUCGCAAGGUUACUGUCACGGCGAGCCAAUUGAUGGGGCCGGCCGCCGAGGCUUCGGGAGCCCAUUAUCGCGCCGCCAUGGCCGAAGUUCACAAGCAGAUGAAGCGCCCAAGCGUGCAGCGCGGCGUCUUCUCCAUGGCCCGGUCGAGCCCUACCGAGAUUGUGCGGUCCAAGCUGUCGACCGCAGAGAUCCAGCACCGCGCCCUAACACAUCUCCCCGACGAGCUGCUCUCCAACAUCCCCGAGCACCAAAACGCUUACUCGCUCUUCCAAGGCUUUCAGGCUAGCUUCCCAGAAUUGACGGAUGACGGGAAGAAGCACCGUCGGCGCCCAUCGAGGGGCAGGAAACUGCUGGAGGAGGGAGAGAAUACUCCCGCCACGCCGGCGAAGCUGUCCCAGUUGAAGAAGGAGAAGACCACCAUGGUGCAUGAGCUGGAGCUGUUGGGGGUGCGCAAGAGCAUGGUUAGCUGUGAGAUCCGCGAGAUAGACAACAAGAUUGCCAAUCUCUAUGGCAUGCGUAGGAUUGUCUUGGAGAGACUGGCGGGCUUCGAGCAGGACGAGGCCUCCCUUGAACACGAUGUCAUGGAUCUUGAAACAAAGAUAGACGAAGUCCAAGCCAUUGUCGAUGAGGCCGAAGAGAUUGCCCGGAAUACUGCCACAAAGGACGAGCGAGAUCUUGUGGGCGACGCCGACGACCACGACCCUGAAUUCAUGUCCAAAUCUGUCUAUGAGAAGCUGCCCGGACCCGAUGGCAAGCCGCGGAAAUCGAAAAAGGUUCAUCGCCGGAAAUCCAUGCCAAUUCUUCACGAGCACUUUGCGCCAGGAUCUAGCAUCCGUGAAAUCCGGGCGCAUCGCGAUACGAUUACUGCCAUGGACUUUGAUGCCCCCUUUGGAACUUUGGUUACUGCUGCACUGGAUGACACCGUUAGAGUCUGGGAUCUGAAUGCCGGACGAUGCAUGGGCUACCUGGAAGGCCACACGGCCUCCGUGCGAGCCCUGCAGGUCGAGGAUAACAUUCUGGCUACCGGCUCUAUGGACGCUACUAUCAGAUUAUGGGAUCUUAGCAAAACACACUACAACCCUCAGGGCGGUAAGGAGGUUGGUGAUGACGACGAAGAUGCUAUUGCCUUUGAACACCCCGAUGCUCAGCCUAUCGAACCGCCGGAGGGAAGCAUGGAUGACUGCGCUCUCUACACGCUAUCAUCUCACGUUGACGAAAUCACCGCGCUCCACUUCAGGGGAGAUGUCCUAGUCUCUGGCUCAGCGGACAAGACGAUCCGACACUGGGACUUGGAAAAGGGCCGUUGCGUGCAGACGCUCGACGUCAUGUGGGCGGCUGCCCAGGCAUCGGCCAUUGCGACCACUAGCGAUAGCACCUGGAGGCCGACAGGUCGUGCUCAGGGAACCUCUGCCGAUUUUGUCGGUGCCCUGCAGGUGUUUGAGUCCGCACUGGCUUGCGGUACUGCAGAUGGCAUGGUCCGCUUGUGGGAUCUCCGAAGUGGCCAGGUUCAUCGCAGCUUGGUCGGCCACACCGGCGCUGUGACUUGCCUGCAGUUUGACGACGUUCACUUGGUUACCGGCAGUUUGGACCGCAGUAUCAGAAUAUGGGAUCUCCGAACUGGAUCCAUCUACGACGCUUACGCCUAUGACAACCCCGUUACCAGUAUGAUGUUUGAUGCCCGACGGAUUGUGAGUGCAGCCACCGAAGACGUGGUCAAGGUGUACGAUAAGGUUGAGGGUCGACAAUGGGACUGCGGAGCGGGCGUCGCCGCCUCCGAGGGCGUCAAGGCUGCCUCCAAGAAUGCCGCCAUCGUCGAACGUGUUCACCAGGAAUCUUCACUCUCAGAUAGCGCAGAUUUAAAAGGACAUGCGAUGCAGCAAUUGCUACAGCGCCAAGCACGUGGUCUCACCAAGCUCCACGAGGCCCUGGAACAAGAGAUUGAUGCUGGAGUGGAUGAGGACUUGCUGCAGACGAGGUUGGACGACCUUGCUUCGGUUUCGAUGUCCACAUUUUAUGCGUAUCGGUUCGAUCUGCUGCCUCAGUACUGGAGGUGGAUUUACACAGACACGUUGAUUCUCAUGUCGUAUUAUGCUAUUUUGCGGGCUGCUCGAGGUGGCUCGUUCGACGAGCGUGUCAUGGAUCGCGUGGUCGAAGAUUUGGACAGAGCUCUCAUCGUAGCCGGCGGCGCAGGCAAAUUUCUCGGUAAACAGUGGAUUGAGGGGACGUUGGACCUGCUCAGUCGUUUUUGGGAGGAAGUGAAGACAGCAAUUACCGACGAGCAAAGACCUCGUAAGCGCAUUAAAAGAGAGAAAACGUUUUCUGAUUGCGAGCCAUUUGGCCGCCCCAAUCUCUCAGCAGAUAAAACCUGCCCGCGGUAUGAGAAUUGGUCGUUGGAGAGAUUCGAAAAAUACAUGAACGAGGAGAGCCAAGGAAGACCUCUGCCCAUUGUUUUCACAGACUUGACAAAGGAUUGGCCUGCCUUUUCGGAUGCCCCGUGGAACAGCCCCGACUAUCUCCUAUCCAAGACAUUCGGUGGAAGGAGGCUUGUCCCUGUUGAGAUAGGACGAAGUUAUGUCGACGAAGGAUGGAGACAGGAACUCAUACAUUUUAAAGACUUUCUGACGAGAUAUAUUGACCCUAGCAUCCUACCACAUGUUGGUGAAGAAGACAUAGCUCAACCACCCCAAAGCGAUGACAAACGGAGACCACAAACGGUAGGAUACCUCGCCCAGCACACGCUCUUCAGUCAAAUCCCCACUCUCCGAAACGACAUUCGGGUGCCGGACUUUUGCUGGGCGGACGUCCCGCCGCAUCCUACGACAUCGUCGAAAAACCAGGCGGUCGUGGACGUUCCCCAGCUGAAUGCGUGGUUUGGUCCUGCCAAGACCAUAACUCCGCUUCACACCGAUGGGUAUCAUAAUUUGCUCUGUCAGGUUGUAGGCACAAAAUAUGUGAGGCUGUAUUCGCCUGAGGAGACGGAGCGGUUGCGGCCUAGGGGGUUGGAGCUUGGUGUUGAUAUGAGCAACACGAGUGAGCUAGAUGUUGGCGUCUUGGAAGGGUGGGAUGAAGUUGACGUUAAUGAUGAUGAUGGAGAAGACUGGGAGAGAACGAGAAAAGAGCUGGCGGAUGUGCCCUAUUGGGAGUAUAUAUUGCAGCCGGGGGACACGUUGCUGAUUCCCAUCGGGUGGUGGCAUUACGUGCGCAGUUUGAGCAUCAGCUUCAGUGUGAGUUUUUGGUGGAAUUAGAGUUUAGCCUUUGACGAGAUCGUGGAGUGUAUUUUUGUUGAAUCUAGAUAAGCGAGGUGCUAUUUAUGU